AUGGCAGAGAAAAGAGAAUUCCAAAAAAAACUGCAGAAGGAACAACUGAGUGGUUUAAAGAAGACUACUAGCUCCUCUUCAUCAGUAGCUAGAAAUCGGGGAGCUGGUGCUGGUAGUGGUGGCAUGUGGAGGUUUUACACCGAUGACUCUCCUGGAAUCAAAGUUUCAUCUUCCUCCUCAACUCUAAGAGUUCCAAGACCCAUUGGUCACACGUACACUGUAUUUGGGUCUAUGAACCUUAGCAGUGUGAAAGAGUGGGAGACUGAUGCAAAAGCAUCAGGGUGUCAAAGGGCAGAACUACAACUGAGGGCUGGAGACAUCUACAUCCUAACAGAUGAAGACAUUAACCUCAAUUACGAUCACAUCAGUUGA